AUGGUACUCGCACAGAAGGACCUCGCCCUCCUGCUUGCCCACGCCAAAACCAAGCGACAACGGCGCUUCGUUUCCGCAGUCAUUGCAGCGCAAGCUGUGGAACGACCACUCAUCCCGGACGUGCGUUUUGACCUCAACGCCAUGUCCGAUGCCAAUGCCCUCCUCGAGUUUCGCUUUGACGUCGCUGGGGUUCAACAGUUGGGUUUCCUCUUGGGCUUGCCGGCCGUGGUGAUCACGACUGCACGGAAUCGAGUGCUGCGCGACGAGGCCAUCUGCAUCCUGCUUUCACGCAUGGCGUUCCCGACUCGUCUGUUCGACAUGGCCAGGACUUUCGGCCGCUCCCGCCCAGUGCUCUGCGAUGUGUUUUUGCAUGUGCUAAACGAAAUAUACGACCGUUGGAACCACCUGUUGUACUUCAACUACAAGCUCCUUCAACGCAACGUCGAUCGCUACUGUGCUGCAAUCCAUCGAAAAGGUUCGCCGUGUGCCAGCGUCUUUGGAUUUAUCGAUGGCACAAAGAUUCAAACCUGCCGAAUUUCCACUGUCAACGACGGCAUCAACUUGCAGAAGGAGAUAUACAGCGGUCACAAACGUGUGCACUGUCUGAAUUAUCAAGCAGUUACUGUUCCGGACGGACUGUGUGCCCACUUCUUUGGACCCAUCGAGGGCCGCCGACACGAUACGACCAUGCUUCGCGAGAGUAGGCUAUUGGGCUACUUAGCAAACCAUCCCGAGGUGUUUUCGAGGAAAGUCAUCUAUGGCGAUCCAGCGUACGGGGUGUCCGAGCACAUGCUGUCCGGGUUCAAAGGCAAUGGUCUCAGUACCAUGCAACGAGAUUUCAACAAUCUGUCGAAUGGAACUUUAAAGUGA